AUGCGAUCCAGAGCCGUCAUCCACAUCGAACGGCUGUGGGCCCGAGUGGCGCGCGCCCGCCCAUGGGUUCCUGAUCGCGCCGCGCAUCCGUCUUGUACUUCCGCCAUUGUCACUUCGUUCGCAUCUCGCUCGCUACACGCACCUGAACUGUCUCGGUCCUUGCUGACGUCACCAGCCGCCACAGCGGAAGCGCGAGCCGCCACGCCGCGAGCGCCGAUAGCAGCGGCUGUGCGUCGCGGCGCCUUUCCUUUGGCCGUAGACGCCGUUGCCACUCUCCCCGAAUCCGCAUGUGCUUUCCCCAGCCCCUCUACCGCUUCCGCCCUUCCUGGUGAAUCUGGCUCUCCAACGGCUUCCGCUCCCCCCGCCGUUUAUUCCCCUUGCGCCGCCGUUGGCUUGCGCGCCCCGUGGACUCUUCCGCCCGCGGGCUUCCCCCGAAUUGCUGCUUCCGCCUGUGCCACCCUCGCCGGCUCAGGUGCUGCUGUAGAUGACGGACGGCGCACCGUAGCUGACGCCGUUUUCCUUCCUCUCUCCCAUCAUGCCCUUGCUACCUUUGUUCCACCCUUUCCCAUCUCUCCCCGCCCCCUUUAUAGUCUCAUCGUCUACAAUCACACAGAGGCAGCAGUUGUGGCUCUGCUACUGGCAGGGGCUUCUGAUUGGCUAGAUGGGUACUUGGCCCGGCGGUUCAAAGGAGGGGAGUCCGUUUUAGGCUCGUAUCUCGAUCCGCUAGCAGACAAGGCGUUGGUGGCGUGUGUGGCGCUGGCGCUGCUGGGGAAGGGGCUGCUGCCGCCGUGGCUGGCGGUGCUGGUGCUGGCUCGAGAUGUGUUUUUGUUCGGUGGGCACGUUGUGAUGCGGUUGAAUGCGGUGCAGUGGAAAUGGUGGCAGCACCGCGCUCACUUCUUUAACAUCCAAAAGGGGACGGCGGAAAGGGUGGAGCCUCUCCUCAUAAGCAAGGUCAACACGUGUCUGCAGAUGCUGCUUCUCCCUGCCGCCCUCCUGCACGACCCUUACCUCCUCUCCACCGCUCCCAACCUCCUCCCAUACCUCUGGUACCUCUCACUUCUCUCCUCCCUUAUCCUUUUUUCAUUCCCACCUCCUCUCCCACCCUCCUCUCUUCCUGAUUCCCCCUCUUCCUGCUCCUGUACGAUACCCUUUGUUCAUUCAUACUUUUGA